CGGCAACUGAGCACUCUGGAUCAGCUCCUUGCGAACUCUUUCUUUUCGUGAUGCUCACUAGUUCCUGAUCUCGAGCCAUAUAUCUUGGAAUUCUCCGACUGGAGCAAUCGUAAAAGCGACGAACGACUUGGCGAACAGAGCUUUGGGGACCAUCCUUCCGAAGGUGAACUCGCAAGCACCACAGCUUCAAUUUCAGGAAAGAUGCCAGAGAAAUGUGUGCUGAAGAAGAUUUGUACGAACCGUACUUUGCGCGGAGGGCGUCAAUGUGAUCGUGGAGUGCGUCUCUGCGCCAUCGUAAGGUCAAAGAGUAGCUCAUAGAAAGAUGGUGUGCGAUGUGGGCUUUGAAUCGAAGUGCCGUCUUCGACCUCAAGCAAACUUCGUGCUUCAUCGCCUGACAUUUGAGCGCUUGAGCGAUUAUGUACACAGAUUGGGCGCCUAUCCUCACAUGACUUCGUGGACCGCAUUCAACCCAUCUUGCAUCUUCCCUUCUACCCCUUCGCACAAUGGUACGCUACCCACUCAGACUUGCUGCGCUCACCCUCGUCGCCUCGUCCGCCGUCCACGCUUUUGACUGGGACUUGGGAACUGUUGUCCCCGAGUUCCUCUCGAACAUCCAGGUCCCCAGCUGCCCCGCUCACGUCGCGACGCGUCCAGACGCUCUCAGCCAAAUAAGCGCGACUUUGGAGUGCCUCGGGCUGCCCAAUCCGGAAACAGUGGCCGCACAGGUCAACGACCUGACAGAGCACGUCAAACUAGUUGUCCAGCACGCAUCGGCUUUGAUGCCCAGCUAUACUGGUGACAAAGGACCACCCCAGGGACCUCCAAUUAUUACGUAAAAUGGCUUCGAGGCCCCCUCCGGAGGCCAUCAAA